GUUCCAUUUUUGAAAAAGGAUAUUAGUGGAUGCUACAGAACGCAUAUGCAGAUAGUUUGAUAUUUUAAACUUAUACAUCAAAACGAAAAAGAAAAUAGCCAUAUUGAACUCAGGCUUUUACUUAAAACUUACUUAGUCGUUUAAAACUGACUUAGUUGUUUUACUUUGAAACCCGUAGCGGAAUUUAUUUUGUCCUAUUGUGACAGACUGGACUCACGGAUCUUCGCGCUAGCUUUGGUCUGACGGUUAGUAAUAUGAAAAUGUUACUGAAAAUUUCAUGACAGAAAGUAUUUGGACACGUAUUGGUAAUCUGUCAGACUACAUUUUGAGACGACGUGAUGCUACCGCCUUUUUGAGACCUGUACAAACUGCAUUAGCUAGUUGGCGCUAACACGCUAACCAAAAACAAAGAACAUAACAACAAAUAUCAUCAAAACAACAAAAAAAAUUCCUCUCUUGUCAUGGAUGAGGAUUUUCUGCUCGCUAUUCGGCUGCAGGAGCAGUUUGAUCAGGAAUACCGGGCUUCAUUAUCUUCAUCAAGUGGUACUAUAGAUAAUAGUUUCGGGCAGAGCAGUAAGAAACGGAGAGUGGAGGUAGCUGGAGGUGGUAGCGAUGUUGUUCCCUACUGGAAACCGAAUCCCCAGCUUGAGAGGCCACUGUCCAUUGUGGACGAGUCCUGGGAGAUGCUUGACCCUAGCCCCGACAUCAGGGCCAUGUUUCUGGAGUUCAAUGACAUGUUCUUCUGGGGUAAACUCAGCGGUGUGGAGGUGAAGUGGAGCUCGAGAAUGACGUUGUGUGCUGGAGUUUGUUCUUAUGAGGGUCAAGGUGGACUGUGUUCAAUCAGGCUGAGUGAGCCUCUGCUGAAGCUUAGACCCAGAAAAGACCUGGUACAGACCCUUCUCCAUGAAAUGAUUCAUGCGCUCCUGUUUGUGACACAAAAUAACCGGGACAGAGAUGGCCAUGGACCUGAGUUCUGCAAACACAUGAACCGGAUCAACAAAGCCAGUGGGACCAAGAUUACUAUCUACCACAGCUUCCACGAUGAGGUUGAUAUGUACCGGCAGCACUGGUGGCGGUGUAAUGGGCCCUGCCAGAAGCGUAAACCCUACUUUGGCUACGUGAAGAGAGCCAUGAAUAGAGCUCCUUCUUCUCUGGACCCUUGGUGGGAGGAUCACCAGAGAACAUGUGGUGGCACAUACACCAAAAUCAAGGAGCCUGAAGGAUAUGGCAAAAAAGGCCAAAAAAACAGCAAGACCUCAGAGAAGAAGGCCACAGGAAGUGGCAAGCCUUCAAGUACGACUACAGGUUCUGGAUCACAGGAUAUAAGGGACAUCAUCCCAUUUAGUGGGAAAGGCUUCAUCCUUGGGGGGAAGUCUCAGGACUCAACGUCUUCCUCGCCAUCUCCCAGGCCACCACUUCCUGUUGUGAAAACACCAUUGUCCAACCCUGUCCCCUCCCCAGAGAAGUUCUUCACGCCAUCGUCCCCGCCUAAAAGUCUCUCCUCUCCUGUUCACUCUAACAAGACCAAUGGGAUUUCCAACACUUUUACCUCAGUCAGACCAUCCACUUCCAUGGGGAGAAAGCCACCUGUAAAGAGGUCUGUCGGCAACACGACGCACUUUGUCAACAUAAACGGUUCACCAGUGAAAAUGCCAAAAUCCCAGAGCAGUAGUAGCAGCCAAGGAGGAGAUAAGAGCAAACAGAGUUCCAUUGACGACCUUUUUAAUAGCACAAGCCUCAGGAAGUCAGAGACCAAAAGAGACUCACUGACAUCACCAAAGUCUUCCACAAAUGCUGCUUCUGCCUCCUCUAGAUUUCAAAAACAACAAAAUAAUCAUUUGACUUCCUCUCCCAGCACACCCAGUCCCAGCCCUAACAUAACAAACCAUUCCAAGGUCUCAUCUGUAGUUACAACUGGAUCCCAGGGUAGCACUUCAAGAGCUGUACAGUCCAAGGAUUUUACUAAUUCUGACAGUGACAGCACAUCAGCGGCUGUGGGUAGGAAUCGGACGCCGAGAAAGAGGGCGUGGGAUGACCGCAGCAGCUCUGCCAGCAUCUUUGACUUCUUCCAGAAGACCUUAGGCAGCGAUUCAGCAGCAUCGAAGGAAUCAAUAAAGGCAAAAUCACCAGCAGUGCUGCAGAGAACUACCAGUGCCACCACCACACCCUCCUCUUCUGCUUCUCUGCAGUCCUCAGCAGGACUGCACAGUGUUGCCUCCUCCUCGUCUUCAUCCUCCUCCUCCUUUGCAGUGAUGGUCAGUUGUCCAGUGUGCCAAGCAAAGGUCCAGGAGUCAAAGAUCAACGAGCAUCUUGAUUCCUGCCUCUCUUGAAUAAGGAGGUGAAAACUUCCAGAAAGUCAGAAUAAGUUUGAUGUUGCACUAAAACUUUUUAACUUUUGAUGUUCAAUAAAAUUUUAUCCUUGUUUGUUCAA